AGCAUGCACUACCGGUAAAGAGAUACCGAUCGAAGUUUAUUUCGAUGGCGGUUAGUCGAUCAUCGAAGUCGUUUAUUGACGAUAAAUGAUGUACUCAAAGGCGCAACAUUUCUAGCGCGGACGAGCUGCUCAUUGGCGAUAACGUACACUGUGCACAUAGGUAGAAUCAACGCGUCAGUCGGAUAGAUUCAAUCGUAAAAGCUUGACGUUCAUCUAAACCCGCGUACCACCUCCAUACGUCCAACCACCACUCUUCGACGAAAGACCCCUCGCUCUCCUGACAGCCCAACGUGUCUCCUCCCCGUGCCAGGGACGUACCCCCUCCCAGCCGGUACCCGCAGGCCACCAUGCAUCUCGUCGGCGUGUCGCUGCUACCAGCACUCUUAGUGAGUUACGGACCGCAUGCAAGUGCGCAUCGAACGUAUCGGUAGUGUUGUAUUCGUUUCACUCGCACUUUUCCACGUUUCACCGCCUAGAUUCUUCUAUGAAUAUCAUCACGCCACGUUUCGUUGUUCAACCGUGUUCCAGCCGAUGGAGCUACGCUAGUGGGGACGCGUCACGUUUCUCCAUGCUCUUGUGCGUUGUCGUCUUGUCACACUUCUCGAGUAUAGCAUAGAAGCUAGACUUUCCGAGGGGAAAGGAGAUUCGAGUGGAUCAGCUCAGAGACUUUCGCUAUAGACAUUUGACGGGAUCUCGCGUGGUUCGAUGAAGAUUGUCGAUCGAAGAGGCAAGAGGCGAGAGUCAACGUGUUCCGUAACGUAUUUCAAUGGAGGGAACCGCCGCUUCGCGAUGCACGAGGGGGAGAAGGAGAAGUAGGAGGAGGAUAGAGUGACACGUGGACACGAGAAAGACGGCGCACGAGAGAAGACAAGCGAAGUGCGCGUGUGCAAAAGUGCGCGGCGCGCAGACGGAAGCUCGAUGUGCGUUGUUAUGCUUUUUGCGGAACUGGAUGUGCGACGUUAUUUCCCGCGGAUUUUUCGGUCUGUAGUUCAUAUCCCGAAACGAAUAUGCGCAGUGUUUGCUAGUGAACUCGUGAUCUUCGCCUGAGUCGUAUUUACGAAUCGUUUUAUCGACCGAGCGGAAGGACGAAUAGACACGAGGAUCAGCAACAGGCCAGCGAGACAGUGUAACAUUAGAGGUUAGAACGUAGAAUAAAGUGACAGAAAUAAUAUUUACUAAUAAUCAGUGACUAUCUAUUGUGUUUGAUCGUUUGGUCUGUCAACCGCCGUGUGCGUGCAUGUGACGUGAAGGAAAAAGACAAGACGCAUAUACAAACAUGUUCGACUGACCGCGCGCGCGCGCGCAGUUGUUCUCGCGCGCAAAUGCGAUUCGAGGUUGGUGCACGUCGCGUGGUACAAAAUAGUAUGUAUUCGUUUAUAAAAGGUGUAUAACUUUACAGUAAGACUGUGUAAUCGAAUGGACACGGAAAAUUGUAAUUUGAGAUAUAUGUGUAACAUAGUGCUUUUUUACAACAGUUGUGGUUUUAUCCUUCAAGCACCGAUUACCUGUGUUCGCUGAUUGCAGAGAAUGAACUUUAAAAGUGCAAUAAACGGUCUGACGAGAAGCAGAUUUUUACAUCAAUAAUAUUAGAUCGCGAAACUCGAACAUUGGAUGGGAGAGUAGGUUGGCGAGGAUCGGCUUGGCGCGUCGAAGGUGAUGCAAGUCGAUUAGACAAGCGUGUGAUAGAAGCAGAAGAAAAAUCGACGACAGCCUGGGCGAAGAGCUGUCCCUUCGUGGGUCACCCCGAAGUUGUUCUUCGCUGCGAUGAAAAGGCCCUGAUCGGGGCCAUCUAUGUAUUCCAAACAGAACGAGCAAAACAGAACCGCGGACCUGGCUCCCCAACAGUCAACCGGUGUAAACACGUUCGAGCAUCUGGAACAUUCGCAGGACAGCAUGGAAAACGGGGACGAGGUGGUUUCCACGCGGAUGCAAACGGACGCGUCCUCGUCCACCAACAGCACGCCGAGGCCCCGUGCGCCGCGCAACUGCGCAAGAUGUCGCAACCAUCGGCUGAAGAUCACCCUAAAAUCGCACAAGAGGUACUGCAAGUACCGUUACUGUAACUGCGAGAAGUGUAAGAUCACGGCCGAUCGGCAGCGCGUGAUGGCGCAGCAGACGAAGCUGAGAAGGCAGCUGGCGCAGGAUGAAGUCAAAGUCAGAGCGGCGGAAGAGGUGGAUCCACUGCCAUUCGGUGCAGAAACUGAUCGAGUUUCUUCGAUUCCUCAGCCAGCUAGAAGUCUCGAGGGUAGUUACGACAGCAGCAGUGGCGAUUCACCGGUCAGCAGCCAUGGUAGCAACGGCAUACACACCGGCUUCGGCGGUGUCAUCAGUAUUCCUAGUUCCAGAAAAUUACCCCCGUUGCACCCUCACACUGGAACGAUCACCCAUAUACCGCAGUCGCUAACCAGUGAAAGCGUGGAAAUCCUGCUGGAGCACAGUUCCAAGCUCAUAGAACUCUUCCAGUACCCUUGGGAGGCGAUAUUGUUGAUGUACAUCAACCUGAAAUACGCAGGGGCCAAUCCCGAGGAGGUGGUGAGGCGGAUGGUCGACGCCAGCAACGAAAUACGCAAUAUGCACUUCUGGAAGGCAGUCAGAAUGGCCCAACCUAGUCGGACGUUUCGCUGCACCGCAGCGUGCACUGCGCCUACGGGACCGCCAACGGGACCUCCAACUUACGAAGGGCAGGUGCCCUACAUUGGGGUUGCACCACCUCCGAAUCCUGUCCAUUUCAGGCCGUUCCUGCAGCCAGAGAAUGCUCACAUACCGGCCACCAGAGUUCCGUCCAGCCCAGAUGGUCCUCCGGAACAUUCUGCUACGUAGCCUCGAUCGAUUACCAACCAGUCAGUGAAGUAAAGCGUCUGGAAGAACAGGUCGAAUCCAAAGAGAAAUGACUAUAGCGAAGACAUGAAAAAGAGACGAAAAGGAAGGCGAGGAGGAAGUGGCCUGGCUCUGGUCGAAGAAGGGAAGCGGCGAGGGAGAAGUUUCUCCACGGAGUGUUCUCUGUUCCAUCUUGAUCAUCGUUCCUUGAACACUCGGAUCGCCCCUCGAGUACCACGAAACGACGAAAUUCGCAAUUAACCCGGAACGUUAUACUUUUCGAAUACCGUCUACGGCCACGUUGCCCGGUUCUCUCGCGCCGAUCACUUGUCCACAUUCGACACGAGUUCCCGAGCUAUUCGAUUCACGAACGGGGUUCGAUCGUAGGACGGAAUCGGGACGACGACCACGACAAUGACAACGAAACGACGAGAAACAGGACGAGUGUCUCUUUGGACGACUAAAUUUUCUUGCCGUUUGCAAACGAGAGCAAGGAUACGAUAUUGGGGCGCUAUAGGCGAUCGAGAGAGAGAGAGAGAGAAGAGAGAAUGCGUGUCGUUCACGGACGAUCGACGAAGGGAAUCGAUGCUCCAAGGUCCUCCCUUGUUCGGACAACAGCGUUGCGAUUCGAGCUCGUGUUCUGAACACAAAAGGGAUCCAGCCGCAAACAAAUCGGGAGAAAGAGAGAAAAGAGAGGAGAGAGAGGAGGAGAGAGAGAGGGUGCGUUGUGUUCCGCAGACUUCUUCGCGUUACGCUUGUUUUUUUCCUACGCUGACCGGGAGAACAAGAAAAUCAUGAAGGUUUUUGCGAGUGGAUCGUGGGAUGCCGGGGUUCAUGGACAACGUAUACCUCGGGCAUCCCUCGUCCUUGCACGUCCUUCGGUUCGUUGAUCGAAUCUGCCACCUUCGCUCACUCCUCGUCUCUUUCUCUCCUUUCUUCGUUUUCUCUUCCUUGCGGUUUCCUCUCAUUUUUAUCUUCCAAAUUGUUCUUUUCGUUAAAUACCUUCCUCUCGUGCUCCAUUAUCUUUCUCCCUCUACUUCCUUUCUCUCUCUCUCUAUUUGGUUCAAUCUCUGGGCACUCUCGGUCCAGAGUAGCAGAACGCAACGCGUUGUUAAAAUACGAAACGAGGGACGCACGGUAGGGCUCGUUGGUACGAUUACCAGAGACGACCGUCGCCGACCGGUUGCUAGAGCUCAGUCGCCCAUGAACGAGAUCGCUCGACGGUCUUCUCGAUGAUCGAGUGUCGUCGUGUGCUGUAAACCACGCAUGCAUGACCGCCCCUCGGCUCCUCUGUCCGAGAGGCACUUUCAAAGCCUUAGUCGUGCUCAGUUCUGCUCGUGGUUUCGCUCCUUCCCGUGAAACGUGCUUUCCUUCUGUCCGCGGAGGAUGAUAAGCGUCGACGAUCACGGUUCUUUCCCCUUGAUACACGUAGUCAAACGCGAUUCCAAGGAACCGCCGCGUGUCAUCUCUCGCCUGCUCGCCGCUUACCUUAGCCUCGUUUCACGCGACAAAUUUGUAAAAACCGUGUCACGUCGCGAGUCGACGAGCAAGCCCCCCUGUACACUGUCAGGCUAGCCUCUGCGCUGGUACCCUGCGCGCAUGUCGCGCGUCCAGUCGGUUCAUGCGAGUACUCGAGUGUCGUAUA